AUGUUUAAUCCUUUCGAAUAUGCUGUGCUUUUGACAAUCAUAGCUAACUGCGUUGUACUAGCAUUGGAGGAGCAUCUGCCCUUUCAAGACAAAACAAUGUUGGCGCAAAAACUAGAAAAAACGGAAAACUAUUUUCUCGGUAUAUUUUGCGUGGAAGCUUCCUUGAAAAUCCUGGCGCUGGGCUUCGUGUUGCACAGGGGUUCCUACUUGAGGAACGUCUGGAACAUAAUGGAUUUCUUCGUUGUUUUGACUGGGUUACUCACGUCGAUUCCUCAAGAUUACAUCGACUUGGACCCCCGCGCGUUGCGGGCUAUUCGAGUGCUUAGACCGCUGAAGCUAGUCUCUGGCAUUCCUAGUAAUAAGAUCACUCGUUUUUUCCCGAUUUCGCUCUUCUUCCUUCUAGGCCUGCAGGUAGUUUUGAAGUCCAUCAUCAAGGCUAUGGCACCGUUACUGCAAAUCGGACUGUUGGUAUUGUUCGCCAUCGUUAUAUUCGCCAUAAUAGGAUUGGAAUUCUAUUCGGGCGCCUUGCACAAAACCUGCUAUAGCCUCUACAACAUAGAUGAGAUCGUUAAGGAGGGCGACGAGGAGGUGCCGUGCAAUACGGAUAACGAGACGCAGGCGAGGAACCAGGGCAGCAAUUGGUGCAGGGACGGGAACUCGGUGUGCUUGGAGAGAUGGCAGGGGCCCAAUAAUGGUAUAACGUCGUUCGAUAAUAUCGGAUUCGCUAUGUUGACCGUUUUUCAAUGUAUUACUAUGGAAGGAUGGACGGCGAUUUUAUAUUGGAUGAACGACGCAAUAGGAAGCUCGUUUAACUGGAUCUACUUCGUUCCGCUGAUAGUUUUGGGAUCAUUUUUUAUGUUGAACUUAGUGCUCGGAGUCCUCAGCGGCGAGUUCGCCAGGGAGCGUGAGAAAGUGGAAAACCGCCAGGAAUUUUUGAAACUCAGACGGGCCGCCCAGCUCGAGCGCGAACUCAACGGCUACGUGCAAUGGAUAUGCAAAGCAGAGGAGGUCAUUUUGGCCGAAGAGAGAACCACCGAAGAGGAGAAGCUGCACAUAAUGGAGGCGCGUCGCCGGGCGGCCAGGAAGAAGAAGCUGAAGAGCCUGGGGAAGAGCAAAAGCACCGACACCGAGGAGGAGCAGGAGGAGGACGAAAUGGGCGAUGAUGCAGGCUACGGGAAAUCCUCCUACCUGAAGUCGCGCAUCAAGGGCCAGAGCGGCUGCGCGCGCUUCUGGCGCGUCGAGAAGCGCUGCCGCUUCUGCAUACGGCACGUCAUCAAGACGCAGUGGUUCUACUGGUGCGUCAUCGUCUUGGUGUUCUUCAACACGAUCUGCGUGGCCGUCGAGUUCCACGGACAGCCCAAGUGGCUCUCCAACUUUUUAUAUAUCGCCGAAUUCGUUUUCUUGGGUCUAUUUAUGACGGAGAUGUUCAUAAAGAUGUACGCCCUGGGACCAAGGAUCUACUUCGAAUCGGCCUUCAAUCGGUUCGAUUGCGUGGUGAUAACGGGCUCGAUAUUCGAGGUGAUAUGGUCGGAGCUGAAGGGCGGCUCGUUCGGGCUGUCGGUGUUGCGGGCGCUCCGGCUGCUCAGGAUAUUCAAAGUGACCAAGUACUGGUCGUCGCUGCGCAAUCUGGUCAUAUCGUUGCUCAAUUCGAUGCGAUCGAUCAUCUCGCUGUUGUUCCUCCUCUUCUUGUUCAUACUGAUAUUCGCCUUGCUGGGCAUGCAGCUGUUCGGCGGCCAGUUCAACUUCGAGGGCGGCACGCCCGCCGCUAAUUUCAACACCUUCCCCAUCGCCUUAUUGACUGUAUUCCAGAUAUUAACCGGCGAGGAUUGGAACGAGGUGAUGUACCACGGUAUAAACGCUUUGGGCGGGCCGACGGUGGCGAUGAUCUAUUCGCUGUACUUCAUCGUUCUGAUGCUGUUCGGUAACUACACGCUGCUGAACGUGUUCCUCGCCAUCGCCGUGGACAACUUGGCGAACGCGCAGGAGCUGACGGCGGCCGAAGAGGAGCAGGCCGAAGAGAACAAGGAGAAGCAAGCGAUGGAGCUGGAGAAGGAAAUGGAGGCGUUGCACAUGGAAGCGGGCGGUCUUAAGAUGGAUGCGACCGGCCUGCCGAGUCCCGUCAAGCCGAGGAAGAAGGUCGAAGAGAAGGCCGAAGAGGACGAGGAAAUCGUCGGUCCGAAACCUAUGCUGCCAUAUUCUAGCAUGUUCAUUUUAUCUUCAACCAAUCCAGUGAGGAGAGGUGCCCAUUGGGUUGUCAACUUGCGUUACUUUGAUUUCUUCAUAAUGGUAGUGAUCUGUUUGAGUUCGAUAGCGUUGGCGUGCGAGGACCCGGUCGACGAGCACGCCUUCCGCAACGUCAUCCUCGACAAGUUCGACUACGCCUUCACCAGCGUGUUCGCCGUGGAAAUGCUACUGAAAGUCAUCGACUUGGGCAUCAUCCUCCAUCCCGGCUCCUAUCUCAGGGAGGUGUGGAACAUCAUGGACGCCGUCGUCGUUAUAUGCGCGUUGGUGUCCAUGGGUUUCGAUUUCGCGAAACGUCCGGCAGCCGCCAACUUGUCUACCAUAAAAUCGUUGCGAGUGUUGCGCGUGCUGAGACCGUUAAAGACGAUCAAAAGAGUGCCGAAACUGAAAGCGGUGUUCGACUGCUUAGUGAACUCCCUAAAAAAUGUGAUAAAUAUUCUUAUAGUGUACAUAUUAUUCCAAUUCAUAUUUGCUGUGAUUGCCGUUCAGUUGUUUAACGGGAAAUUUUUCUACUGUUCAGAUGCUAGUAAAUUUACAUUCGAGACCUGCCAGGGUCGCUUUUUUGUAUAUGAUGAAGACAGUGACGUGCCUACGGUCCAAAUACGCGAAUGGAGCGCCCAGAAAUUCCACUACGACAACGUCCCCAUGGCCAUGUUGACGCUGUUCGCCGUCCAAACCGGCGAAGGAUGGCCACAGAUUCUUCAAAACUCGAUGGCUGCCACCUACGAGGAUCAGGGCCCCAUACAAAAUUUCCGUAUAGAGAUAUCGAUUUUCUACAUUGUAUAUUUCAUAGUGUUUCCAUUCUUCUUUGUAAAUAUAUUCGUUGCCUUGAUCAUCAUCACGUUCCAAGAGCAGGGCGAGGCCGAGCUGCAGAGCGGCGAGAUCGACAAGAAUCAGAAAUCCUGCAUCGACUUUACGAUUCAAGCCAGACCUCUGGAGAGGUACAUGCCGAACAAACGGAACAGCUUCAAGUACAAGAUAUGGCGGAUCGUCGUGUCGACGCCCUUCGAGUACUUCAUCAUGAUGCUGAUCGUCUUCAACACGUUGCUGCUGAUGAUGAAGUAUGACAAGCAGGGCGAGACCUACACCAAUACGUUAAAGUACCUCAACUGGGGAUUCACGGGAAUGUUUACUGUGGAAUGUGUACUGAAGAUACUUGCUUUCGGCAUAAGGUACCACGACUCUCCACCUUUGUUGUCCGACAUCCUCGCAGUCAUGAAUAUACUUUUUACAUUUCUCUUCCUCUGUGAGACUCUUUUGAAGUUAAUCGCUUACGGUAUUAAGAAUUUCUUCAAAGAUCCGUGGAACACGUUCGACUUCGUAACGGUUAUCGGUAGUAUCGUGGACGCCAUGGUGGUGGAAUUCGGGGAAAACUUCAUAAACGUCGGCUUUUUGAGGCUGUUCCGAGCCGCCAGAUUGAUCAAACUCCUGCGACAGGGCUACACGAUCAGGAUCCUGCUGUGGACGUUCGUGCAGAGCUUCAAAGCGCUGCCCUACGUUUGCGGUCUCAUCGCCAUGCUCUUCUUCAUCUACGCCAUUAUUGGUAUGCAAGUUUUUGGAAAUAUCGAAAUUUCACCGGACACUUCUAUCAAUAGGCAUAACAAUUUUCGUAAUUUCAUACAAGGAUUAAUGCUCUUAUUCAGAUGUGCCACAGGUGAAAACUGGCCCAGCAUAAUGCUGUCGUGCAUAAAAGGCCGGCAUUGCGAUUCGAAUUCGGGGAAAACCGGGAUUCAAUGCGGACACAACAUAGCCUACGCCUACUUUGUGUCUUUUAUAUUCUUCUGUUCGUUUUUAAUGUUGAACUUGUUCGUAGCCGUUAUUAUGGACAAUUUUGAUUACUUAACACGAGAUCCUUCCAUACUAGGUGCUCAUCAUUUGGACGAGUUCGUCCGAAUUUGGGCGGAAUACGAUCCGAACGCUACCGGGAAAAUCCAUUACACGGAAAUGUACGACAUGUUGAAGAACAUGGAUCCGCCGUUGGGUUUCGGAAACAAGUGCCCUAAUAGAUUAGCGUACAAAAAACUGAUUAGAAUGAACAUGCCAGUAGAUGAAGAGGGGAAAGUCCAAUUCACCACCACUUUCUUCGCUUUGGUGAGGGAAAACCUGAACAUCAAAAUGCGAACAGCGGACGAAAUGGAUCAGGCGGACGAUGAAUUAAAAGAGACAAUCAAAAACAUCUGGCCGAUCCAGGCGAAGAACAUGGUGGAUCUGCUGGUGCCGCCCGGUAACCAGGUGAACACCGGCAAGAUGACGGUCGGUAAAAUUUACGCGGGCUUGUUGAUAUUGGAGAGCUGGAGGAGCACCAGGUUCGGGCAGGUGGAGCCCACCGGUAUUCCGGCCCUGGACUUCCAGGACAUCAUCCGGUCGCGCCGACCCUCCUGCGACAGCACCGGCGACCAGGCCCUCCUGCGGCCCGGCAGCUUCGUCAACCACCGCAGGAGCCCCAGCCACCAUCGGCAAAAUUCUCCGUCGUUCCAAAGGAGCCCGUCGCCGCGCAGGAGACACCCGCAUCACCUGCACCACGACAUCGGCUUCUCGGACACGGUGUCGAACGUGGUGGAGAUCGUGAAGCACGAGCACCAGAGGGCCUCGCAGCGGCACCGCUUUCCGAGAGGUUCUUGGUCGGCGUCGACGAGCCCCACCAGAUCGCCGUCUCCGACCGGCUCGCGCCCCCAUAACUCGAGAUUCGGCGGUUUUAAUUUCUCCAAGAAAGCGGACUACGGCACGACGAGUCUGUGCCAGAGGUCGCGCUCCCCCAGCCCGACGAAUUCGUCGCUGCCGCAUCAUCAAGGUCCUCCGUUUAUCGCUGGUGCUGUGGUAGGUAUUCCGAUGCAAAAAUCGGCGGCCCAUCAGGGCAACGUGCAGCACAGCCAUCCGAUGUUGGGCGGACGAAAGGGCCAGGGCAGGAGGCUGCCGCCGACGCCGUGCAAGCCGUCGACGCUCCAGCUGCGCCCGGGAUCCAUCAAUUUUCCCAAACUGAACGCAUCACCCACACACCAACAUUUUCAAUCUCAUUCGGCGCACGCAACUCCACACAAUCACCCGCACACGUUUCCGCUCGACCGAGAACUUCUCAGGGAAAUUUCUCCGCCGGAGAACGUGAACGUCGGCAACGUGGCCGCGAAUCCGGGCGGCAGGGACGCGAGUCAGACGCCGUUGAGCUUCGAGCAGGCGGUGGCGAUGGGCAGGGGCGGCAGGGUGUUGCCCAGUCCCGUGCCCAACGGGUACAAACCGAAGCCGACCGGUUCUGGACACUCUGAAUCCGAUGAAGAUGAUUGGUGCUAGCAUUUGCUUAAUACUCUUUGAGAGUACAGAGUAUAUUCAGUGUUUUGAUAUUGAAAAUAAAAAGAGACUUUAACAAAUUAUUGAUACUAUUAAAUUAUGACUAUUAUUAUUACAACUAUUACUAGAGAUUAAUCUGUUUUUAAAUUUCUGUGUACAGCUGGGUCACGUUAGAUUAUUGUAUGGAAAAUAAGAAAUUUUUUAUAGA